AUGGAGGAGCAGCCAUCGUCGUCCAUCGGCAGUGGUCCUCUUGGGCCGCUGCGACGGGCCUCAACCACGCUGAUCAAUGCCAACCCGCAGCUGGGCAUGUGGCAGGCGACAGGCACGGCGCUCGCCCACGUCCCCGAUAUCACAGAGCUGCGCGGUGCCGAGACGGGCGGAAACAUUCUUUUCAAUUCGCAGGGCCGGUCUGCGCGCACAGCGGUCCGUCGAAGCGACGGCGAGCUAGUGCCAUUGGGAAGCGUAUCAAAGCCUCGCUCCGAGACGUUUCCUAGAGAUGCAAAUGCCGGCGCCGGCGGCGAUGAGCCGGCCUUCACCCUGCCGCGUCGCCAGACUCUGCUUGAAAUGCAGAGCAGCGAACCAAAGGCUGGCUGGGGCGUGACGAUCCGCAAUGGUCUCAAGGCUUACUGGAGUUUCCUCAAGACGCCCAUUGGCGUCAUGAUUACCAUCUAUUUUCUCAACAUUGUUGCUUGGGGAGCCAUGCUAUUUUUCCUGCUUCUCAAGGCAGCUCCCGCCAUGAAUUACCCGACCGCCGACGAUGACAACUCUCCACGCAAGAAAUGGCUCGAAAUUGACAGUCAAAUACUGAAUGCCCUCUUUUGCGUCACCGGCUUCGGUCUAGCGCCGUGGCGCUUUCGUGAUUUCUACCGCUACAUGCGCGUCGUCUUUGUGCGGGAUCGCACUGCUAUGAGCAAACUCGCGGCCCAAAAUAGCGGUUGGUUCCGAACCCCCGACUGGUACAACCACCACGAGGACGCCGAGGACGGCGCAUCGGGUAGUGAUCACCUAGCCAGAACGCCGACGUUCACGGGUUCCAAAGCACCACCGACAGCCAUGUGGAAGUUGGGACUGGUGAUUUCCAUGAUGGUCUGGAAUACGCUCUUUCAAGUUGUGCUCUCAUACUUUAUGUGGGCGUACAAUCGGUUCGACAGACCUACCUGGGCCACUGGUACCUUUAUUGGCCUCGGAUGUGGCGUUUCGGCUGUGGCAGGAUUUGUAUCGUGGUGGGAAGGUCGGAAAGUCAAGAAGAUUGAGGGGCCCGAUGUCAUUGUCGUCAAGGACGUGGAGGCUUGA